GAACUUUGCCACAAAUGCACCACGCGCACCCAUACGGUGCGGCUUGUUGUGAUCGGAGCCGCAGUCCUUCGUCAGCUCCAUCGGUUCGAGAUGUUCAUCUGGCUGUCGGUCGUGGGUGGCUUUCUGCUCAUCCUCAGGACGCGCUUCCCCUACUGGCUGGACGACUGCGUCUACAUCCUCCGGAGUCUCCUGCUCGCCAUCAGGCUGAUCAAGUACAAACGGAGCAAACCAUUCUAUGGCGUCUUGGACGGAUUCCUUGCAGCGGUCCGGAGACACCCGGACAAGACAUUCUUGCACUUUGAGGGCGAGUGCUUCUCCUACGGCGAGGUGGACCGGCGCAGCAACCGGCUUGCCCGGGUGCUGAAGCAGGAGGCGCGCCUACGGGAGGGGGACGCGGUGGCCCUCUUUCUAGGCAACGAGCCCAACCUCGUGUGGACCUGGCUGGGACUCGCCAAACUGGGUUGUCCGGUUGCUCUGCUUAACUUUAACAUCCGAUCCAAGUCUCUGCUGCACUGCUUCUCCUGCUGCGGCGCUAAAGUGUUGGUGACGUCGGCAGAGCUGCAGGAGGCCGUGGAGGAAGUUUUGCCAGCGUUGAGGGAGCGAGGGGUCAACGUGUACUUCCUAUCAAAAACAUUCGAGUUGCAGGGUGUCAAUUUCUUGGCUGACAAGAUCUCCAAGGCCUCGGACCAACCUAUGCCCAAAGACCUCCGAGCCAACGUUACCGUCAGGAGCACUGCUAUAUACAUCUACACGUCUGGAACCACUGGUUUGCCUAAAGCAGCGAUCAUCACCCACGAGAGGAUGUGGGCCGCAUCCUUCCUCCAGUCGCUGUGCGGCGUCACAAGAAACGACGUCUUCUAUAUCAACCUGCCGCUCUACCACAGCUCAGGCUUCCUCAUCGGGUUAGGGGGCUGCAUCGAGAGAGGUAUAUCGGUCGUGCUGAAGAGGAAGUUCUCCGCGUCUCAGUUCUGGGACGACUGCAGGGAGCAUAACGUGACCGUGAUGCAGUACAUCGGCGAGACUAUGCGCUACCUCUGCAACACGCCCAAGAAGGACAAUGAGAAGGACCACAAAGUACGGAUCGCCCUGGGCAACGGAGUUCGCGCUGACGUCUGGUCCGAGUUUCUCAAGCGCUUCGGUGACAUUAAAGUAAAGGAGCUGUACGCGGCUACAGAGGGGAACAUCGGAUUUAUUAACUACAGCUCUAAGGUCGGCGCUGUGGGACGGAUGAACUUUUUCCACAGGUUAAUUUUCCCGUACUUGUUGAUCAAGUUUGACAUCGAGAAGGAGGAGCCUAUCCGAAACGCUCAGGGUCUUUGCGUUGAGGCGGCCACAGGUGAGACGGGCCUUCUGGUGGGGAAGGUGACGCAGAGGUCGCCUUUUGUGGGCUACGCGGGCAACGAGCAGCAGACGGAGAAGAAGAGGCUCCGCGACGUGUUGAAAAAAGGCGACUUGUACUUCAACACGGGAGAUUUGCUUCGCUUUGACAAGGACAACUUUGUCUACUUUCAGGAUCGUGUUGGUGACACUUUCAGAUGGAAGGGCGAGAAUGUGGCCACGUCGGAGGUAGCAGAUGUCCUCACCUUGGCGCCUUGCAUUUUAGAGGCCAACGUUUACGGUGUUAAGGUGAACGGGAAUGAGGGGCGAGCAGGCAUGGCGGCAAUCACGUUGAAAGAAGGAGAAGACUUUGACUGCGCCGACACCUACAGGCAGGCUGUCAACUACCUGCCGGUCUACGCCUGCCCGCGAUUCAUCAGGAUCCAGCCUUCCUUGGAGAUGACGGGCACAUUUAAACUGAAGAAAGUCAAGCUGGUGGAAGAAGGCUUCAACCCUGCCCUCAUCAGUGAUCCACUAUAUUACUUCAACGCGGCCAAAAAGACCUUCGCUCCCAUGACCAUGGAGGUGUACAGCGCCAUAACCAGAGGCCUUAUUAAACUCUGACAAAAGUGUUGAAGCAUAAGUGUAAAGACAUUUUGUUUACAGGCACAUUUGCUGCUUCAAACAAUUUAUCUCAGGGAUGCACCACAAGACUAUUUAUGGUAGAUCCAACCCUGAUAGCCACAGAAAAGAUGGUACACGGCAGUGCUCUGCCACUGAUAAUAAUUCAUCAUUCAUGAUGGAUGAAAUCAACUGUAGCAUUUCAAACAUGACACUGAAAUCAUUUAUCCACAAUGCUCUUGUGUCAGAAUGAAGUUGUGUGUGUACAUUAACAUGCUUGAACUUUGGAUAAUAAACUUUGUAGUAAAGUUUCUCCUA